GUUUAGUUCGUUCGUUGUGGAGUCGUGAAAGUUCUCAAGUUCUCGUUCGUUGUCUGUCGCACGAAAAUCGAUCUGUGAACCUAUUGUUUUCACCAUAACACGCGAUAGUUUUUCAGUAACUGUUCGAGAUUUUAAAAAGAUCGCUCUGUUUGAGGAAUAAGACGCCAGCAGAAGAAGACGAGUUGUAACUUCGACGAAACCAGACUCAACGAAGCAACCGUUCGAAUCUUAACAAUGUCCGAGCAAACAGCCCAGCUUUCUGCUGCCGAAGCGACCGAAAUCCGUUGCCAGGAAAAGUCCAAAGGUGGGCUGUGCUAUGAAGUAAUUCUGGCCGAGCCGGCCGUCAACGUGACGCUGCCGAAGUUGCCCCCGGUUCCGGAGAAGAGCGUGUCGGCCGUGGAGAUCGAGGAGAAGCUGAAGGCGGCCGAGGAACGCCGUCUGUCGCUCGAGGCGAAGAAGAUGGCUGACUGGUCGGCCAAGAUGGCCAAAAUCGAGGAGGCGUCGCGCAAGAAGGACGAGCUGGACAAGGAGUUCAAGACGCACGCCAAGGAGGUGCUGCACACCAAGAUGGAACAGUACGAGGAGAAGCGGGAACAGCAGCUGUCGGAGAUCAAGGAAAAGCUAAAGAUGCACGCCGCCGAUAUCGAGAAAACGCGACAGAGCUUGGAGCAGCAGAAGAUCGAUGAACUGCAGAAGCAUCUGGAUGAGAAGCUGCGAAACGCGUCCACGCUGCGCGACGAUAAUAUCAAGAAAAUUUUGGGCCGACUAAAGGAACACAAUACCGAUAAGCUGAACGAGGUUCGCGCCACCGUCGACCAGAUCGAGGCCGAAAAGACCACCCAUAAGACGCGCAUCCUCGAAAACAAGCUGUCCACCGCCGAGCAGAAUCGCGAAAAGGAGCUGCAGAAGAAAUUGGAAAAUAUCCGGAAGCACGAACGGCGCGCUGAGCUGGUCCGUCAAAAUAAGGCCGCACUGUCGCAGCAGGGCGAUGUAACUGCAUCAUCCGGUUAGAAUGGAGGGCAGAUGGACAUAGGUGGUCGAUGGUCGUGAAUGGAAUAGAAAAUGAACACACACCGAUGCUGGGAGCGACACACGACACGACACAUCAUGACGCGUUUUUGCAUCCAACCAACAACAAACGUGUGCUGCUGCUGCUGCUGCUAAACAAACAUACUGGAAAACUGGCCGCCCCCCACACACCCGCGGAAUGGAAAAACCCGUGUUGUAUCCCCACUCGUUGGUUUUGUAUUUAUCUCCGAGUGAAUCCACCAUUUCUUUUAGUCGUUUCGACUUUUGCUCGAACGUCGUCGCUCUGCUGCUGUGCGCCUCUCAUAGAGAACCGAAACGAAACAAUGAUCUUGAACAGUCACACACGGAGCAUGAAAUACUCUUUUGAGCACAAAAGUCGCCCCCCAUAUUUAAACGCCAACACAAUGACCUGUUAAUCAAAAUAAGCAUCUCGGGCGCAGCGCAAAAUCCAAGAACCAAUCGAUAACCAACCAAGUAAACAAGCAACCUAAAUACAAUUAGCCGGUAAUCGUGUGUAGUGCAGGCGGAGAAGGAAAACCCAUCCCGAUGGAGGCAAUCUCGAAGCGAGAGAACGGAAGGUAGAUAGUUAGAUAUAACGCGGACAUCACAACAGAGCAUCUCCUUCUUCUUCUGAUGAAGACACGUAGACACGUUUCUUUUCCAUUAGGGAACUGCAAACACAUACCACUCUCUGGGGGUUGGUAGCAUAUUCAACACACAUAAUGAUAAAAGCUUUUUGGGGCCAUGAUAGACUCAUGUGGACCCCUCAAAACUAAAGCAACACACGAUGAUGAUGGCGCUUGGCGAGUGAAGCACAAACUGAUAAUCGCUCCUUGGACUUAACGCUGCCGCCGACGCUGCUGCUGCUGCCGCCGCCGUGCGCGUAGCGAAUUACACACUCCAGUUUAUGUCCUUUUUGAAAGGCUCAAAUAAUAAAUGUUUAAGAAGUCAUGACGAGAUGUGCUAUCUCUCUCGCGAGAGCGCGAGCGCGCGCCACCGAGCGCAACAACAAAGGCCAUAAUCUUACGCAGCCGCAGAGAAGAGGAACAAUGGGGUGGUGAAAAUAUUCUCUUGAUAACGGACUGGUGUUAUAAACGUAUAAGGGGAGCAACAAAUGAUAACAACCACACAUAAACCGCUAACCAGGAAAAUUGAUGAUCGAUGAAGCGCAGAACUUAUAACCGAAACUUGCACACAACUAAACAAAACCAACACACAGCACUUUACUAAAUAAAACAAACCUAUAUUUACCCCGUUUUUUCCACUUCGUUUUCAACAAAUAAAACAACUACAAAAUGAGCAUGUGUAUCCACCGCGCGUCUAACGAUGGACCCCUCGGCGAUCGGGAGAGAGGGUGCGCAACAUAAUAUCCCGGACGGACAAAUCAACUUUUGGUUUAAUUUCUACAAUCGCGGCCACGCGGGAAAAGGCAGCGCAGACGCGACAGGAAUUGAUUGAAUUGGUGGCAGAUCCGGGGCAGGAGGGAGGUGGCGCCCCGACUAGAAGAAAUGUAUUAUCACGACCGAACUUAACAACGUAUGGCUUUGAUUGGGUAAAAUGGCAAGCGGCGCUACUCGACUGUUCGCUCAACGAGAGCCGAAACGCCGCUGUGCGUAGGAAGAUUAAAAACAUAUAAAAAUACACGUCAAAACGCGCAUUAUAUACUAAAUAUCGCCUCUCUGUGCCGCUACUUUUACAUUUAUUAUUACCAGCAAAGAUGGAAACACGAAGCAACAAAACGGCAUGGCGCCAUCGACGGGGCGCGCGCCCCCCGUGGCGCGAUGCGAAGUACGCGAAGGGCGAAGUUUGUUGAAAAAAACAUAUAAAUACACAAACACAGACACAUACCCAGACACACACACGCGCGUAUAUAAAUAUAUAUUAAAGGAACAUAUAUUUACAACUUUCUUUACGCUUUUGUGAGGGCUAAAGAGGCGAAAGUGGCAGGGAAAGCAAGAUGGGAACACUCUGGGAUAGAGAGAGAGAGAUAGAGUGGAGAAGAGGUUGCUGAGCCCCGCGCGAGGCCAAGAAGGGUCAGUCUGAUGGAUGCUGGAUAAAAGUGCUUUGCGAGAAACUAAACAAACAAAAAAAUACACAAAAAUACAAAAAAUCUAACAAUGCUGGGCUACCGCUUACUCCCUGCGCAAAGAUCGGCCAAUUGGUAUCUGAUCGAUCGAUCGAUCGCGUGAAUAUUUAGUGACAAUGGCUUCGCUAUGCUUAUGUCUCUCUUGGUAAACGUUCGCUUUUCCGUUCGUCAUUUUGUCAGUUUUCAUUGCCCGCGUAUCAAAAAGGCUCAAGAAGAAAGGCGUUCGAUCCUAGCUGCCGUGUCCAACCGAUGAUCAACUAACCGGCGCCCAACUAAAGAAUACGCUUUUUGCCGGAGGAACCGAAACGGAAACAGAGGGAAAAGAAAAAAAGGGCUUGUGUUACGCUAGGACGCGCGCGAAAUCUGAAGGGCGGUGGUAUACAUUGAAGCGAAAUAAAGCGAAAAAGAUAUCAUGAAAAGCUACCGAAAAGCGUUAUCCGAUGUUUGUGUACAAUAAAAGUGUAGUAAAUGUGCGUCGCGCCGCUAUGAAUCCGCGAUCACUCGUGAUCGUGAUCAUCGAAAACCAUUCGAAAGUUGCUGGCUGGCUGGCUUUACGUGAUCGAUAUUUAAAGUAUAGAAAGCUUUGUGAAGAUUUAUUGCUUUUCUGUGCAUUGUGCAAACAACAGUGGGAUUUAUUUUAACCCUCAACAAUUGUUCCAAAAAGAAGGCCCUCACUUCGGAGACGUUGUUUUAGCGCUGGUUGCGGAGGUCGCUACUCCGCCCUUUCGUGUCCUUCCUUUUGUGUGCACUCAAAUAAAACAAAAUCCCGGCAGACACUCGUAGCACAUAUCGCGGCGCGAACCCUGGUCCGGGUGCUGUUUGAUCAGGGCCGGCUGACGAUCAUCAGCCACUGCAAAUGGUAGUCGUCAUCGAUGCGCGCGUAUCGGAAAAGAGAGGUGACUUUAAACCAUGUGCUACUAUAAAACAUAAACAUAAAUGAACAGAAAGGAAACUAAUUAUUGUAAGCAGAGAAACAUAAAAACCAGCAACCACAGCGCAUCACAAACAACAGCACAGGCAGGCAAGGAUGGCAGGCAGAAUAAACAGGGAAAAUAGACAACAAAACGAAGCAUCAUCGGCAUCUUAGAUCGAUCGAAGCAAGCAAAUGAUACUUAGUGUAGUGCAAAUUAAGCCACAAGCAACUGGAGCAAAUCACCAUGCACCGUGUCGUCCGAUCAGAGUAACCACGGGAAACGGAAGGAAGCAUAAUUCACCAGCUGUCGGGAAUUUAAUUAUUCAAAUAUACCGCUCUCAAAGGGGUCGUUGAAAUUUGACAACAUUUUUUGCACAAGCCUCCCUGAUUCUGAGGCAGAGUUCCAAUCUAGGAAGUGCCGUCUAGAGAGCAUAACAACAAUUGUUUCAACUCGAACGAACCCAUCGAUCUUCGAACGAUGAGUUACACGCCUAUCCUUAUUUGAUCCUCAUAAUUAAUUCCCGGCACCGCGUAGAGUGAGUGAGAGCAAGGACCUCGAGCCCCCAAAUAAAGCGGAAAACUUCCGAAGCACAAACCAACCAUAAUCCGGGGGAAGGGUGCGUGGAAAACAGAGACUGGCUCCGACGGUAGCAUUACUCCGGUGGAAAAGCCGGAGGCGGAGAAGAAACGCGUUCGAGCGCGUGAAGAGAGGGAACCGGAAGAAAACGAGCAUCAAUGUAGAGGAGGGAAGGCAAACGGAUCUUAAUUUCGAAAUAAACAACACAA